AUGACUGAAACAGAUGUUUCCAAUGUUAAUGUUAAUUUUGUUGUUAUUUGGUUAGAUAAAGAUGUUAAUAGAAGACACGAAAAUGAAGAUACAAAACAACUUUUACGUCGUAUUGUUGGAAAUCAAUUAAAAACAUUUAAUGAUCCUGAUGAAUGUAUUGAUUAUAUAUCAACAGAACAAAUGAAAUUAGUAUUUCUAAUAAUUUCAAAUGCAUUUGGUCAUUAUGUAGUACCACUAAUAUAUCAAAUACCACAAAUUCAAGCUAUAUAUGUGUUUUGUGUUAAGCGACAACGAGCCGAAACAUGGGCAAAACCAGAUUUAAAAAUUUCUGGUAUAUUUACAGACAAAAAAAUUUUAGUUGAUAAAGUUCGCGAUGACAUACAGGCAUUCAAUAUAAAUAAUAAUAUACCAAUGAGUAUUUUUCAUAUUGAUGAUUGUCAAAAAAUAAUACGUGAUUUACAAGGAAAUAGUGCAAAAUUUAUGUGGUAUCAAUUAUUAAUGGUUGUUUUACAACGUUUACCUACAUCUAAAGAUGCAAAAAAUGAAAUGAUUGCUCAAUGUCGUAUAGUUUAUUGUAAAGAUUUAGUUGAACAAGAUAAAAUAAAUAGAUUUGAAAAAGAAUAUACAGAAUCAAAUGCGAUUUGGUGGUAUACAUAUGAUUGUUUUGUAUAUCGUUUAUUAAAUAAAGCAUUACGUACACAAAAUAUUGAUGUUAUAUUUCAAUUUCGAUUUUUUAUUUAUGAUCUUAAUAAUCAAAUUAAACGACUCUAUUUACAGUAUUUACAAGAUCAUCGUCCAAUCUCAGUACAUCGUUUAACUGUUUAUCGUGGUCAACAUUUAAAUAUCGAUGAAGUUAAUGUACUUAAACGUAAUGUCAAUGGACUUGUAUCAAUGAAUACAUUCCUUAGUGCAACAUUAAAUAUAGAUAUAGCACUUAUUUAUGCAGAAACUGACCCUAGAAGUGCAGAAACAUCACAAAUACAAUCUGUUCUUUUUAUUAUUGAUAUAUUUGAUAUGAAUGAAGAGACAACACCAUUUGCUCCAAUUGCAGGUAAUUCUUGUAAUGCUGAAGAAGAAGAAGUUCUUUUUGCUAUUGGAGCUAUUUUUAAAGUUAUGUCUAUUGAAAAAAUAGACAAUCGAUGGAAUAUUCAUUUACAAUUAAGUAAAGAAGAAAAUCAACUCUAUCGAGAUCUAUCAUAUCAUAUUAUGAAACAAAUUGGAUCUGAAGCAAACUCAUUAACACUUGGAUGGUUUCUAUAUCGAAUGGGUGAUUAUUAUAAAGCUGAACGAUAUGCUGAAUCAUUACUCAAACAACUUUCAAAUAAACAUAAAGACAUUGGAAAGACUUAUAAUCUAUUAGGUUUGAUUCACAAAGAUACUGGUCGUCUAUCACAAGCUAUUAAAUAUUAUGAGAAAGCACUUGAAAACUAUUCUUAUACUUGUUCACCUAAUAGUCCUCAAGUUAUUGCUACUCAUUAUAAUCUUGGUUUGGCUUAUCUAGCAAUAGGAAAUAAAGAACUAGCUACUGAACAUCAAGCUAAAGCUAAAGGACGAUUAAUUGAUUCUUCACAUACGAAUAAAUCAUUACUUGAAGCUAUGACUGAUAGUCUCAAAGCUAAAUUGGAUACAGCACUUGGAAAUUAUGUUUGUGCUUUUAAAAAUCUUGAAAGAAUAUUAGAAAAAAAGAAAACAUCAUUACCAUCAGGACAUCCGUCAUUUGCAUCAACCUUAAAAGAGAUGGGUAUUGUACAAGUUAAAAUGAAUAAUGAUGAAAAAGCACUUGAAUAUUUUAAUGAAGCAUUAGAUAUUUGUCGUAAAAGUUUAACAGACUAUAAUAUGGAUGUAGCAGACUGUCAUGAACAUAUUGCUCAUGUACAUUAUAAACGUCAAGCAUAUUCACUUGCAUUAGAACACUUUGAAAAAGCCUUAGAUAUUGUGACAUAUAUUUCAAGAGAGGAUAUUGAUCGUGUGGAAGAUUUACAAAACUGGAUUACAAAAACGGAAGGAAGUAUGAAUGCUAAUAGAGCGGAAUAA